UCGUUAGAUCAUGAUUAUGGAAGUACCAGUGCUAGCAAAUCAAAAAUAUGGAUGAAAGUAAAAAGGGAGCGGUCAAAAAAGGCUGUUAAGAAAGCAGUAGAUCCAAGAAAACCCAUUAGAAUAACUCUAAGAACUGUAGCUGCUGACUGGGAGAGAAAAAAAGUACUACAGACAAGGAGGAGCAGCAGGUUGAAAGGCCGACAUGAUGUGCACACUGGUAAGAAAAAAGAAGACUGCACAGCAAAUUCUCAACCUGAGAACUUAGGGCAGGAUAAAACAGAGGCAGCACUAGAGGAGGUAUCACAGGAGUUAGAGGUUGGUGAAACUGAAUCUGAUGCUGCUGACCAGAUUUUACCCAAGGAGAAUGUUUUUACUGCCAGUGGGUCUGUGUCACCAUUCGCUUUUAUUCCUGAUGUCGCAGAAGAUGAUGUGCAGGAAUUUGACUUCCUACCAGCUGAAGCAGUGGAAAAACCUGACGAGGCUCAGGAGGAAUGCAAGACAGGGAGCAUGAUGAAGUAUGAAUGUGAGCAGUGUACUCGUUCAUUUCGUUACGAGAAGAGCUACCUGAAGCACAUUAGGGUUAGCCACGGGAUCAAGUCUGACACGACCUAUCGCUGUGAAAUCUGCCAGCAGACCUUUGCCAACCGCUCAAACCUAACUAUACACGAGCGGCACGUGCACAACGACGAGAGGCUUUUUAUCUGCGGGGUAUGCAGUAAAACCUUCAAACGCAAGAAAGAUGUGACGCGGCACAUGCGGCAAGUCCACGAGGGUGGAACGCCACGCCACACCUGCUCCAUCUGUGGCAAAUCUCUGAGCUCUAAAACAGCCCUGAACCUGCAUUCGAGGACACACACAGGAGACAAACCGUACAGCUGCACUGAGUGUGGAACCCGCUUCUCCCAGAGCUCAGCGCUCAAGACCCACCAGAGGAUCCACACCGGAGAGAAGCCUUUUGCAUGUGACAUGUGUGAUGCCAGGUUCACCCAGAACCACAUGCUGGCUUACCAUAAGCGAUCCCACACCGGAGAGAGGCCAUAUAUGUGUGAGAACUGUGGGAAAAGCUUUGCAUCCAAAGAAUACCUAAAACACCACGCCCGGAUCCACUCUGGUUUAAAGCCCUUCAAGUGUGAAAACUGUGGAAGAGCAUUUGCACAGCGGAACUCACUCCACCAGCAUAUGAAAAUACACACAGGUGAAAGGCCGUACCCCUGUACGGACUGUAAGAAACAGUUCACACAGCUCAAUGCUCUUCAGAGGCAUCAGAGAAUCCAUACAGGAGAAAAGCCAUAUAUGUGCAGCUUGUGUGGCCGAACCUUUACUGACAAAUCAACUGUCCGCCGACACGCCCUGACCCAUGACAAAAACACACCUUGGAAGAACUACCUGGUCGUGCUGCCAAAUAAUGUGGAAAAGAAAACGAAAACCUCCUCUCUGAAGAAGAGUAAGUCUGCACUAAAGUCAGAAAAACACCAGGCACAAGAAAAGCAGAGUCUGGCCGAGACUGAGAAGACAGCAGAGCCAGUAACCAUCUCUGGAGAAUGGCCCAGCACUGGAACCAUCACUGUAGUCAGGCAUGCAACACUGGGCAACCUGACAGUUAUCCAAACAGAGGUGACUCCUGGGACACAGCUGCAGCCCAUCGUCACCGCAGACGGAGCAGGUGUCAUUUCUCUGGACGGUUCAACCGUUGGCAUUCCUGUUGCUGUGCCAUUUCCAAUUUCCAUCUCGGUUGCACGUUCCAUUUCUGACUCGGCAUCACUGACUGGUGCAGUCACUCUCUGUGAACCAGCCACAGUUUCUGAUGCAGUUUUGGCUCCUACAGCCUCAUCCAUAACCACAGUCACAGACUCCAUUCUCAGUGCUCCAGUUGAAGUCACUUUAUCGGAGCCUGAGGCAGCACAGCUGGUGGAACAGUCUGUUCAGCCACAGGAUUCAGAUUCCCAACAGGCAACAACUGAUCAAGAAGAUCCGCAGACCACAAAAUCUGAAUCCAUGGAGAUCUCAACAAGAGAAUAAUUUUGAAUGUUUUAUACGGUCGUUUUUUUUGUGCAUGCGGGAGUGAACAAAAAUGACUGCCUAGAAGACUAGUGAUUACCAUCAUUAUUUUUGUCCCAUCUAUCACCUAGAGAAAAAGUCUCCUACCAAUUUUGCAUGCCUUUUGAAUGUGGUUUCAUGUAAUUGUGGUGGCUUGGAAAAAAAUACACAAGUACUAAAAUAAAACAGCAUCCAAUGGAAUUCGAUCUUGCACUGACUUAUAAACUGUCCCAAAUGGGUUUACACUCAUUUCCUCAAGGAUUGUGCAUCAUAGUACCUCACCCUGAAGAUAUCUCCCAAGUGCACAAUUAGGAGAGGGAGCACAAGGCUUAUAGCACAAUUUGGGGAUGUAUAGUUUAAAAAGUCCAUUGUUUUUACAAAAGUUGUAAGUGCUGUAAAUCUUAGGCUAACAUUUUAGCAAGUGACCUUAAUUAACUUUCACUUGACAGAUUUAAAUGUUUUUUAUUUAAUGAAUCUGCACUCGACUGCAUAUUUCUCCAUUUUGGAGAAAUAUACAGUCAUGCAGGUCAUAGUCAUUCAGCAGAUGAUUGACUCUGUGUACUGGUGUCACUGGUUACAGUUGUAUUAGCUUACAAGAAGUUAGGACUGGACUUGCCCUGCCCAGUGGGCUAUCGAUUUUGGAUUUGAUCAUUUCUGAAUGUACUACUCAUUUCUGCUUUAUAUGUAUAAAAUGAUGCUAUUUCUUUAGAAAAUUGUGAUUAGCUUGGAAAGUACUGAUUUAUUUGUUAUAUUUAAUUUAUGGUACAAGAAAAAUUAAGAAUCAAAUGUUUUAUACAUUCAUUUUUAAUAACUGCUUCUUCCUGAUGAGAGUGGAUCUAUCCAAUCCAAAAACAAUAGGAACAGGGUGAAAUGCACCAUGGAUAGGGUACCAAUCUAUCAGGGGCAGUGAUAGCUCAGUGGUAAAGGUGCUGGUGUAGUAAACAGAAGGUCGCCGGUUCAAGCCUCGCCACCACCAAGUUGCCACUGUUGGGUCCCUGAGCAAGGCCCUUAACCCUCAAUUGCUUAUCGUGUAAGUUGCUUUGGAUAAAAGCGUCUGUUAAAUGAUGUAAAUGUAACUAUCACAGAGAAUCAUACUUGUAGAGCAGCAUGCACAGCAAACCAUUGUUUUCAGAUGGCACCAGACCCUGACCAAGUGGCAGUUAGUAAAAAUUAAUAAAUGAAUGAAUAUUAUAUACAAAUGAUUGAUCUUUGAAAAAUGAUGUGAAACUCUGAGCCUUUAACUCUCAAUUGCAAAGAUUAUGUUAGAACAUAAGUCAAUAAAAGCAUCUGCAAAAUUUAA